GCAACGCGCGUGUGUGUGUGUGUGUGUGUGUGUGUUUACUGAACAUCCAGACCGCGGUUGGAAGGACAUCUCCUCAGGAACCUCUUUUUUUGGAUCCUAUGGGGAUUCUUAUAACCGCAGUUUGUGUGUUGGCAGCCGCGGGCGUGGGAUGUCGGCCAGUAGUCUCGCCUCUUAAUGAUGCAAAGGUGGAAUGUAUUGUUCAGGAGACGCUGAAUGGAGGUGGGGCGCCACGUGGCUGUGCCCCACUGCUAGCAGCCGAACUUGAUGAAGUGCAGAGACAUCAGGGACUCCUCAGGGAGCUGCAAAGGCUGGCGGAUGACGAGAGGGACGAAGCGAGGGAGAGGUAUGAGUACAAUCUGGCUGAUGAGGAGAGCGACCUGCAGCUCAAGGAUGAGGAGAGGGACAAAACGACCGAGGAAGACGAGCCCAAGAAGAGGGAGAUGGAGGAGCCGAGGGUUGACGAUACGGGGAUUCAUGAUGAAGAAGAGCGAGCAAAGGAACUUGAGGAGCUUCUAGCUGAAGAAAUCAGCAAGAAGGAGAAGGAGGAGAGAAAUGAUGAGGAGCUGAAAGAGCUGCUGAGAGAGUUGAAGAAGAAGCGUUAUGAGAUGAAGGAAAGAGGGAGCCAGAAAGGUUCUGGAAGUGGUCCAAAGGAGGAAGAAACCAAGGAAAAAAUGGCGAGAGACAAAGAGGAAGUUCAGAAGCAGAUGGACCAGAGGAGGAAUGAGGUGGAGCUGAGUGUGGAAAAAGAGAAGGUGGAGAAAGAACUGAAGGAGCUGAAGACUAAGAACAAGCCAGAAGAGGAGAAGGAGAGGAAGGAGAAGCAGGAGGAGCUGGACGAGCUGCUCAAGAAGAUGGAGCAAGUGCAGGAGGAGGCGCAGGCGGAGAAGAGUGAGGAUGAGAAUGAUGGCGUGCAGCAGCAGGAGGAAGUCAAGACGGGAGAUGAAGAUGAAGGGGCAGAGGAAGCGGGCGAGAGGGAAGUGAAACGCAAAGAGGAGGAGGGAGCGGUGGGGGUGAAGGAGCCGCAGCAGAAGAGAGUGAUGGAGAAAGCCAGCGAUGAAGCCACUCGGCAGUUUCAGCGGGAGAGACUAAAGGAGGAGGAGGAGGAGGAGGAGGAUGAAGACGGCGAGGAUGAGUAUGUCAGAGAAGAUGAUGACGGGAGGGUGGAGGACGGUAAUGAUGAUGAUGAUGAAGGUGACUUGGACGACGAUCAAGGGGAGGAGCUGCUGGAGAUUGAAGCCCAGUUACGUGAAGUUGCUGCAGAGCUGAGGGAGCUGCGCAGAGGAUAAACACACACACAUUCACAUCCGUAGACUGACAAAACGCAUUGUGGCAUUUUUGUUAACGCAUUCAGAUCACCCAAGGUUUUUCUUUUCUUUUCCCCCCCCCCAAUUUCAAAUUGCAUUGGAAAAUUUUCACUCUCACAUUUUGAAAUGUGUCGCUUCCUAGCUGUGGAUUUUAUUCGAUGUACUUUGUGUGGCGCUCUAUAACCUGUACAGUAAUUGUAUGAUUGACAGGGGAAGUUACGAACUGCCACAGAAGCAACACAUGCAACACUUUUCAUUUACAUGCAAUUUCUGAUUAUAAGCUGCCGAGAACACACCUGUAAGUCAUGUGUCUAAUUCCCUAUAAGCAAUCAGUGUCAAUGUCUAUUCUGUGCAAUAAUCGAUAGCUAUGUGUACAACGUUAUGACUGUUAUGUAUAACUGAUAUUUCUACCAGUAGAUAUGUCAUUUAUUCUUUAGUAAAUGAGGAAUGUGCUACAUUUGGCUCAUGCACUGUUAAAAUCAGACUGUUUUUUGGGACAUUCUACCAAAUCAAUGGCAUUUGCUUGUUGUAACGAUCUCAUAAUAACCUGGAUUUCUGUUUUAGAUAAAGGGACUGUGCUGAGAUUUUAACCCCCAAGUCGUAGAAAAAUCAUGUUAGUCCCAUGUCCUGCAGAGAAUCCCAAUAAGGCAACUUCCUGUGGAGUAUGUGAUUUGGGAUAUUCCACUUUGUUUAGCAGGGGUAUGCUAGUGUAACAGGACUGAGUGGAAACCCAGGUACACAACCAAUGUGUCACCUUUCUGUGGGUUUUAAAUGAUUAUAUUGAAUGUUUAAGUCUAGUUUUAAGUAGCGGGGACAGGAAACAAAUAGUUUGGAUGAGUCUUUCCAAUUCUAAUGACUAAAUAUGCAAUCAUAUUCACAUGCAGGACACGUUGCUUACUAAAAACUAAUAUUUUACACUUUGUUUUGUAUGUAUGGGGUGCAACAUGUAAAAAUUCAAUCACACUUUUUUUAGCUGAUAUAUUUUGAAUAUUUAUCUAACUUUUCUCACUUUUAGCAACUCAUCAGGAAUACUGAUGAGUCGCUACUAAGCGGCGCCACUUUUCUCACAUUUAGCUUUACCUCUUUUUUUCCCCAUUUGAGGUAAAAAUUAAGUAUUAAAUUAAAAUAAAAAAUCUAAACGUUAAAUCUAAAUGUGAAGUCUAAAUGUAAGUGUUUAAUCUAAAUGUUAAAUCUGAAUGUUGAAUCUAAAAAUCAAAUCUAAAUCUAAAUGUUAAACCUAAAUGUCAAAUCGAAAUCAAAAUGUUAAAUAUAAAUGUCUAAUAUAAAUGGCUUGCCGAUGUAAAGCUAAAUAUUAAAACAAUAAUAUAAGCUAAAUAUUUACUUUCACACUUGUUGAGCCAUUUAGAUUUAGAUUCAACAUUUAGAUUUAACAUUUACAUUUAUAAUUAACAUUUAUAUCAACAUUUAAAUUUAGAUUCAACAUUUAUAUCAAACGUCACUCAAUAUUUAGAUUCAGUUUUAAGAUUUAGAAAUACAAUUUGGAACAUUUACAUUUAUAUUUAACAUUUAUAUCAACAUUUAAAUUUCGAUUUAACAUUUACAUCUAACAUUUAAUAUUUACAUUUAAAAUUGUGAUAAUAAUAGAUUCAAGAUUUAGAUUCAACAUUCAAAAUUUAGAUUCAACAUUUAGAUUUAAUAUCUUAAAUUUAGAUUUAACAUUUGUAUCAAACGUUAUUCAAUAAUUAGAUUCAGUUUUAAGAUUUAGAAAUACAAUUCGGAACAUUUGCAUUUAUAUUUAACAUUUAUAUCAACAUUUAAAUUUAGAUUUAACAUUUUUAUCAAACGUCAUUCAAUAUUUAGACUCAGUUUUAAGAUUUAGAAAUACAAUUCGGAACAUUUAUAUUUAACAUUUAAAUUUAGAUUUAACAUUUAUAUCUAACAUUUAAAUAUUUACAUUCAAGAUUUUAAUAAUAGAUUCAAGAUUUAGAUUUAACAUUUAGAUUUAGAUUCAACAUUUAGAUUGAACAUCUUAAAUUUAGAUUCAACAUUUAUAUCAAACGUCAUUCAAUAUUUAGAUUCAGUUUUAAGAUUUUGGAAUACAAUUUGGAAGUGAGUUAGAUGUGAGAAAAGUGAGCUGAAUAUAUACAAAAUAUAUUAUUAGCUAUGCAGUGUGACUGAUUUUUUACAUUCGACACCCACUAAUUUUAUCGCACAGUUGAUUUCCCCGGGAUGCAAAUGGCGUUGAUUCGGUGGAAUGGCCCUGAUAGCGAUGAAAAGUGACACAAAAUAACACAAAUGGCAUUUGUCAGCCGCUGAGAUGCACUUGUGUGUCGAAGCGAUGUACUUAAAGCUUACCAGGUUUCAAAGUGUCACUUCAGGUUCAGACAGCUUUGCACUCUUAACAAGGCCAAGGAUGAGGCGGGGGGAGUAAAGAGACACUAAAGCCAUUUUUUUCACAACAAAUACUAAAUAUUGUGACGUCACCGUUGCAGUGCUUGCUGUUUUGACAUUGUCCCAAUGUGAAUAUCCCAGCGCCAAGGUCACACAAAGUGUGCACCAACGACGCCCCCAAUAGGACAUUGCUGACAUUGCACACACGAAUAAACAGGGUUACCAACUGAGAUGCACUUAUUUGCAAUAGCACAAUGUAGACCGCAAUAAUAAUUAGUAAGCGGGUACUUCAAUAAGUCAUUUAAGUGCACUGGCUGUGCUAACUUAUCUUUUUUUUCCUACAAAGCCAAGAGACAGUAGACAAUAGUGAUGAUCCAUUCCAAAGAUGAGAUGUUUGUUCAUUUCACAACUAAACUACUAUUAUACUUGUUGUUUUGUAUUGAAGUGCAAAGUUGUAUCUUAAAAACCAGCAAGAUAGAAAUGACUCUUAAGAUCAAGGAGAAAAAAUAUUUGUAAUAUUACUGGUCACUAAAAGUGCUGUAUUUUGUGACUGCUGUGUCUUCUAUGCUACCUGUCAAUCAAUAAAAGUAUAUGA